ACCUAAGCGGCUGCUGGUAGGAGCACACCAUGGCCUCGCGGGUGACCUGCUUUCUGUCACUGACCCUGCUGCUGGAUGUUGUUCCUGAGCAUCAAGGUUUGGAACAGUUCCAGAUGUUGCCUAAGAAGGUGGUCGCCCAACCUGGCAAGGAGGUGACGCUGUCAUGUGAAGUACUGUUGCCCAUAUCGCAAGGAUGUUCUUGGCUUUUCCAGAAGGAGGGCUCUGGAGUUAAACCCACCUUCCUCUUCUAUCUCUCUUCGACCCGGAAAGUGGGCAACAAGAACCUACCUUCAUUUGCCAUCUCUGCCAACAAGAAUGGCAACAAGUACACCCUCACCCUGAGUACUUUCACCAAGGAAAAUGAAGGCUACUAUUUCUGCUCUGUCACAGGAAACUCGGUGGUGUACUUCAGCCCUCUCGUCCCAGUCUUUCUGCCAGAGAAGCCCACCACGCCAGUGCCGCAAACCCCUACACCAGUACCCACUACUGGGUCAUCCCGGCCCCUGCGACCAGAAACUUGCAGGCCCGCAGCGGGCACCUCAGUGGAGAAGAAAGGAUUGGAUUUCGACUGUAACAUCUUCAUCUGGGCACCCUUAGCCGGAAUCUGCGGGGUCCUUCUGCUGUCCCUGGUCAUCACUAUCAUUUGCUACCACAGGAACCGAAGACGUGUUUGCAAAUGUCCCAGGCCCCUGGUCAGACAAGGAGGCAAGCCCAGCCCUUCAGAGAAAGUUGUAUAAGAUGGCACCAAGAAGCCACACCUACUCCAUGACUUCACAGACCUCUUCAAGCAAGAGAUCAAGCGCUCCUUUUUCAGUAGUUCUCACCUUCCUAUAUAUUGUUCUCUGUAUUA